AACAACAAAACAGUCGAAUGCGAACCGUGAACGGAGAGGUCGAUUUGUUAUCAAAGCGACAAAAAUUUAGUUUAAUUAAAAAAUAAAAAUAAAACCCAGUACGGUCGAGUGAUUAUUCAAAUAAAUAAAUUACUUAGAUUGUGCAUACAUAUAGAACGGUUGCACCUACUUUUUUUACCGACUGAAUUUGCAUUUUUCCAUAUCAAAGUGCGGGUGGAAUAUAGUCAUGAAUUGGAGGCUUCUGCAAUAUGUUUUCAUUCACUUGAUCGCUGUGAAAAUGUCGUCGGCUAAUUUUUACGGUUUUGAUAAGAAUGUCGUUGAAUUGACCCAAGUGGAUUUCAGAGAUUUUGUGUUCAACAAGGACUAUGCAUCCAUCGUAGAGUUUUACAAUUCAUUUUGUGGAGCUUGCCGUCGUUAUUCACAAACGUGGAAAUCGUUUGCAUUAGACAUAAAUACAUGGAACGAUGUCGUCAAAGUAGCAGCAAUCGAUUGUUCCGAAAAUGAUGAAUUAUGUCGAGAAUAUGAAAUUCAUUAUUAUCCAUCGAUUCGGUAUUUUUCACCAUAUCUGAAAGACGAUCCAGAAGAGAAACAGCUGGGUAUACAGAGUACGGCCCGUGAGAUCAGUGUGAUGAAAGCAUUGACCGUGAACUAUCUACAAAACGAGACAAACAUUCCGCCGCAUUGGCCAGACUUAAGGCCACUGGAACGCAUUGCAGAACCGAAGGACAUAUUCGACAAUGUGACGGACGCAGUAAAAUACGCAAUUUUAGUCUAUCCAUCAUCGGUUAACGAACAUAUUGGCUAUGAGCUAACGCUAGACUAUCAUCUUCAGAAAGAGUUUAUGAUCAAGCAAAUAAACUCAACAGAGGCAGCCAAAACAUUUGGAAUCGAAUAUAAAUCAACGAUCCAUGUAGUCGACAGAAAUUUAAAGGUCGAGGCAUUGCCAACCGAAAUUUAUCACAAUUCCAAAGCGAUUAAAAGAAUUCUGGAAAAAUAUCUCGUCGACCAUGGCAUUGACCUUCAGCGGCAGGAAACUGUCUCGGAUGCAACCGCUGCAGCUCAGGACAAUCGAACAUUAACCGAAGAUGAGUUAAAUGUUUUGGCUAAGGUUAAAAACAUGUCACAUGUGGUAUUUCAAGCUGAUCUCGAAAAAGCCAUUAAACUCAGCCUCACCGUGGAAGUCUAUAAGAAUCAGGAAAUACAGGGAGAAUCUCAACAUGCCCUAAGCAGAUACAUUGCUGUUGUUAAGAAGUACUCACCAUUGGGUGCCCGAGGCGAGAAUUUCUUUGAAAAUUUACUGAAUUUCGUCAACUCAUCCUCUGAUGGUAUAGAUGGAGCCUCGUACAAGAAGAGGAUACAGGAACUGGAAACUGAAACCGAAUUUUUCGAUAAACGUUGGAUCGGUUGCCAAGGAAGUGCUCCAAACCUACGCGGAUAUUCAUGUGGUCUAUGGAAACUGUUUCAUCACCUCACUGUUCGGGCAUCAAAUGCGACUGAAGAUAAUGAUCCUCUGGAAGUUCUAACGGCAAUUGUCGAUUACGUAAAACAUUUCUUUGGGUGUAGCGAAUGUGCAAUGCAUUUUCAAGAAAUGGCUGUUGCUAGAGAUAUGUGGAAUGUAAGCACCAGAGAUGAUGCUGUCCUUUGGCUAUGGAAAGCACAUAACAUAGUUAGCGAUCGGAUCAGCGGUGACACAACCGAUGAUCCAGAAUUUCGGAAGAUUAAAUUUCCCAGUUUUACGGCAUGCCCACAAUGUCGUGUUGGCUUUAAUUUCAGCGAGGAAGAUGUGCUAACAUUUUUGAAAGAUAUCCAUGCCGAUGAGAACAUUAAUAGUUUCGGCAGCAAGUCUUCUGAUGAAAUUCCUAAAUUCUUACAUCGAGUCGUUGAUGAAACUGCAACAAAGGUGCCAGUGAAUCUCUCCACGAUCGCUGCAAUUGGCUUCUGUGUCUGUAUUCUGUUCGUUGUUGUGCUCAUUGUUAUUUUCAGAAAAGUAAAGAGACCAUCGCGACAAUUUGGCAUUCGUUCUUCAAGUGUGUAGGUAUUUUUUUUUAUAUAUAAGUAGAUAAACGCGUAAACAUUUACUGUGAUUGUUGUUACUGCUACUGAUAAAUCAAAGCUCAUUGAAUUCAAUCAAUUUUCUUAUUCGAACAUUGUGUGCCAUGCAUAAAGUGAGCAAAAGUGAUUGUUUCCGCUUGAUAACCUUGCUAGACAACAACAACAACAGCACACAUUCGCAGGAUGGUAUGACAUACUACGGAACGUAAAUUUAAAAACUUUUAUUGAAUUUUAAAAUGUUAAAUGUAGCAAUCAGAUUAAAUGACACAAUAAAAGAA